CUAACGGGAGCGGCGAGAAUUCUGGGGGCUGUGGCCGAACGGGGCGGGGCCUGUACCUUGGCCCUAAGUCCCACUGGCGCCGCAUCGGGUUCGUAUUUCGUCAAACCUCCAGGCGCCUUCAGCGUGUGAACCAUUAGGCAGCUUGUUCCCCUGGGGCUGAGAGCAAGCGGCUGUAUAUGCCCAGCGACCCUGCACGCAUGCGUGGAGAUGUACGCCCAGCGUGCGUAUGACGUCACGUGCGCGCCCGGCUAAACUCUUCCUAGGUUUCUUUCUAGAGUGCGGCAGCAAGUUGUCAGCUUCUCUAGCUGAAUUUGCUUUGGACAUCAGUGUGAAACAGAGCUGAUAUGCCACUUGAAUUGAAGUCAAUGGGGUGCCUGAAAUUCAGCCACUGAGUAAAUUAGGUAGAUUUCCGAUCCCUACAGCCAGGUUGUGAUUAUAGCAAGAAAUAUAUUAAGGACACCAUUGUGGUGGCUAGAUCUAUUGUUUUGUCAGCUGCUUCAUGUACAAGCAGAGAUUGUAAACCUUGUAUAUUUUUGAAAGCAUUUGAAGACCUCAAAUCAACUGUUUAUGUUUAUGUUAAAUCCUGUAAGAGAUCUUUCUACAGAAUCAAUGUCUUUGGUUCCAACAACAAAUUAUAUAUAUACACCCCUGAAUCAACUUAAGGGUGGUACAGUUGUCAAUGUCUACGGUGUUGUGAAGUUCUUUAAGCCCCCAUAUCUAAGCAAAGGAACUGAUUAUUGCACAGUUGUAACAAUUGUGGACCAGACAAAUGUAAAAUUAACUUGCCUGCUCUUUAGUGGAAACUAUGAAGCCCUUCCAAUAAUUUAUAAAAAUGGAGAUAUUGUUCGCUUUCACAGGCUAAAGAUUCAAGUGUAUAAAAAGGAGACUCAGGGUAUCACCAGCCCUGGCUUUGCAUCUUUGACAUUUGAGGGAACUUUGGGAGCACCUAUCAUACCUCGUACUUCAAGCAAGUAUUUUAACUUCACUACAGAGGACCACAAAAUGGUAGAAGCCUUACGUGUUUGGGCAUCUACUCAUAUGUCACCAUCUUGGACAUUACUAAAAUUGUGUGAUGUUCAGCCAAUGCAGUAUUUUGACCUGACUUGUCAGCUCUUGGGCAAAGCAGAAGUGGAUGGAGCAUCAUUUCUUCUAAAGGUAUGGGAUGGCACCAGGACACCAUUUCCAUCUUGGAGAGUCUUAAUACAAGACCUUGUUCUUGAAGGUGAUUUAAGCCACAUCCAUCGGCUACAAAAUCUGACAGUAGAUAUUUUAGUCUACGAUAACCAUGUUCAAGUGGCAAAAUUUCUGAAGGUUGGAAGCUUUCUUAGAAUCUAUAGCCUUCAUACCAAACUUCAAUCAAUGAAUUCAGAGAAUCAGACAAUGUUAAGUUUAGAGUUUCAUCUUCAUGGAGGUACCAGUUAUGGUCGGGGAAUCAGGGUCUUGCCAGAAAGUAACUCUGAUGUGGAGCAACUGAAAAAGGAUUUAGAAUCUGCAAAUUUGACAGCCAAUCAGCAUUCAGAUUUCAUCUGUCAAUCAGAACCUGACGACAGCUUUCCAAGCUCUGGAUCAGUAUCAUUAUACGAGGUGGAAAGAUGUCAACAGCUAUCUGCUACAAUACUUACAGAUCAUCAGUAUUUGGAGAGGACACCACUAUGUGCCAUUUUGAAACAGAAAGCUCCUCAACAGUAUCGCAUCCGAGCAAAAUUGAGGUCAUAUAAGCCCAGAAGACUAUUUCAGUCUGUUAAACUUCAUUGCCCUAAAUGUCAUUUACUGCAAGAAGUUCCACAUGAGGGCGAGUUGGAUAUAAUUUUGCAAGAUGGUGCAACUAAAACUCCAGAUGUCAAGUUACAAAAUACAUCAUUAUAUGAUUCGAAAAUCUGGACCACUAAAGAUCAAAAAGGACGAAAAGUAGCAGUUCAUUUUGUGAAAAAUAAUGGUAUUCUCCCACUUUCAAAUGAAUGUCUACUUUUGAUAGAAGGAGGUACACUCAGUGAAAUUUGCAAACUCUCAAACAAGUUUAAUAGUGUAAUUCCUGUGAGAUCUGGCUACGAAGACUUGGAACUCUUGGACCUUUCAGCACCAUUUUUUAUACAAGGAACAGUACAUCACUAUGGAUGUAAACAAUGUUCUAAUUUGAGAGCCAUACAAAAUCUGAAUUCCUUGGUUGAUAAGACAUCGUGGAUUCCUUCUUCUGUGGCAGAAGUAUUGGGUGUUGUACCACUCCAAUAUGUGUUUGUUAUGACAUUUACUCUUGAUGAUGGAACAGGUGUAUUAGAAGCCUAUCUCAUGGAUUCUGACAAAUUCUUCCAGAUUCCAGCAUCAGAAGUUCUAAUGGAUGAUGACCUUCAGAAAAGUAUGGAUAUGAUCAUGGAUAUGUUUUGUCCUCCAGGAAUAAAAGUUGAUGCAUAUCCAUGGUUGGAAUGCCUCAUCAAGUCAUACAAUGUCACAAAUGGAACAGAGAAUCAAAUUUGCUAUCAGAUUUUUGACACCAGAGUUGCAGAAGAUGUAAUCUAAUAUUGCCAUCCAACUUAGCAUACACAAAAUGUUGUAAUUUAUUAAAAUGUUACUUUUCUAUUAGAUUAUUAUAAAACCCGUAAGAGAUUUAGCUAUUUUUUAAAAUACCUUUCACAAUUCCAUUUUAACUAAUAUAUUUUAUUAUUUUGACAAAUAGAUAUUGUGUUAUUUUAAUGCCAUCUUGUAUGCUAAAAAUGUUUCCGUUGCUCAAAAUAAUCAGGACGAUGGCUUUCAGGUAUAUAAAAGAAAUAGAGACAUUGAAUAAGAACUGUGUUUUCGUUUACUCUUCUACAGUCAUUUUAGAGCAGUGGUUUUGUUAAUCUACACUAGAACUCACAUUUUCUAUUGGUUUUUUGUGUAUCAGCCACUGAUUUCUCUGCCACUCACAAUCCCUGGUUGAGCUUCUUUUCCUGCCCUGAGUUUUGUAUCAGCAAUGUCGAUGAUGUUAAGUAUGGAUAUGGGAUUAGAAAAUGUCCUUAUCUUAAAUCUCUUGGCUUUAACUGGGUGCAAGGUAAAUAAUGGCUACGAAUUUUGUUUUGCUUUUGUAUAAAGGGAUCUGCUAAAGCAAGUACUGCUUAGAUAAGUGUUUGUCUGAUCAAGCUACAGUGUACUUGAAGUAGAAAUGGCAAAGUUGCUUUGUUGGGGUGCUGAUACUGAUGAUUUUAGGGUAAAUACAUUUCUUUAGUCUUGAAAUACAUGGUUUGACUGCUUGUUCUCCAGGAUGUUAGAGUUUUCGUUAUUUCACCUCAACCUGAUAAAGUGACUUAACAUUUUUCUUUUCUAAGAGUCUCAUGUAAAAUAUGCCAGUAUUACAACUUACAACUAGUUGAAAGAGAUGUUAACUUAGUAAAAUAGUUUGUUUUUUACCUAACAACGUUUGUCAAAUGUAAAAUCAUCAACAUUCAAUUUUGUACAAACAUUUAUAUAUAUAUAUAGAUUUGUGUAUGUUAUUUGCUAAUGACAGAUAUAGAUUACCUGGUUUAAUAUUAGUGAAGAAUAAAUAAGUGCACACAUUUCAACUGUUUCAUUUAUUUGCCCCAAGUUGAGCAGAAAAAUUAUAUGAGGCAAAGAAUCAAAGCAGAUGUGACAAUACAGCAGAUGUUUAGGGCUGUCUACACCCCAGGUAUGCACUAAACACAUAUUUGAUUCUCACAGCAACCCAUUUUUCUGAUAAGAAAUCUGAGACUUGAUUGAUAAGCUGACUUGAUUAAGUUUUUGCCCAGUUUUUAAAUGCCAAAGUCUGUGCCUUAAUUCAGGUAAUAUCUAUUUAGAACCUGUACUGUUAACCAUUCAGCGAUUCUGGAACGGAAGCCAACAGUUUUCUGCAAAUGAGUCAUUGACUUAAAUAUCUGAAAUAACAUUGGAAAUAGAUUAUAAGAGGAGUCAGUGUGUUUUUCUAUAUAGUACUUUCAAAAAACUUUUAGCAUCUUAUUGGCAAAAAAGGAUUGGAUAACUGAUUUUCUCUGCUCAUAAUAACUCAAAAUUCUAGUUCCUGAGUAUAUUAACACAUCUCUAUACCUAACUACCAAUGUCCCCCAUCAUCAGCUUAUCAGCUGUUUGAGACAGUGAGAGAGACUGAUUUUAUUGUUUUCAGGAAUAUAGACUCUUGGUUCAAAACAUUUUCUUGAAAAAUAUUUUAAAACUCUGUAGUUGAACAGGUGUGUUUCCAUAUUGAUAAAAUGCUCAGGAUACAAAGAUGUGAUAAACAUUUUUUUCUGCCUCCAGGAAGCACUCAAUCUAGAAAAGUAGAGGUCAAAAAGUACCACAGGUUCCUACUGUAAACCUGCAAGACCUCCAAGUUAAGAAAGGAAAACUUCCUAUGAAUCUUCAUGAUGAUAGGUCAUUUCUCUUUUUAUUUUUGUUUUAAAUAAACAUCCACAUUAUCAUGAUUU